CCAUCCAAAGGACAGAGGGAACGCCUUCAACUGAUAAGUUGAUGCCUUUGUUGCAAAGGACUGCGUAUUUCCUACUGCCCACUAAUACACUUGACAUGUACACAGCGGACGCUGGCAAGUAGUGGUCCGUCGUACGUGAUGGCUGAAGGACUUAUUGCUAAUCAUCGGACGGACAAACGAAAUACGCUUGGUCAAAGGCAGACAGAACCCUCUUUACACAAAUCAAAUUUAAUCUCGCCUCCUGUGGUGCUCCUCCAAUACAUAAUAGGAACAAAAGGCCCUUUCUUGGCUGUCCAUGGAUAAGAGCCGGACGAGGUAGUUGAAAUUUAUAUAACCCCAUCCUUCAUCCUCAUCUUUGUAAGGCGACAUUGUUAUUGGGGCUUUAUGAUCACUAUUGGUGCGACAGGGAUUUGGCCAAUCCGUAUACAUUAGCGCUAUUAACUUUAACCAUCGACAUGUCUCCGAGAUAUUACACCGUUGAUGACUCACAGUGGUCAACCCCAGCCCUCUCCCUCUCGCCUGGAUGGAAUAUGCUCCGAGUCAAUGGCUCAGAUGAAUAUAUCAACCAGACUGAGGUGGAUAGUAUGCGACCUCUUCUAGAAAUUUUUUGGAAUAAUUCAAUCAGCUGGACGACCACAUUAGGAAGCUGGACUUCAAUAUACUUCAACGGAACCUCCAUUUCGGCAUUCGGUCUCGCCGGCCCUAACCAGGGGAAAUUCACUGCUGUACUCGAUGGUGAAGCAAUGGGCUCAUACACUGCUCAGCAGGAUAACGUUGAUUAGCAUAAUCUCCUUUAUAAUGCCACCAACCUACAAAACGGAUACACUCAUAAUCUCACUUUUAUAAACAUUGGUAAUCAACAAAGUUUUGCCUUUGACUAUGCGAUCAUUGAAGAGUCUGUCUAUAAUCAUAUCAGUGUCACUACCUCCGACUCCUUUGCUAUAACUAUUGCCAAGGCAACCAUUGAGCCUUCACCAUCUUUUGAUGAUACGACGACAGCAGUGGCUGCUCAAAGUUCUUCAGCUCAGCUUUCCGCGCUCUCUCAAGGAACAUAUCAUGUAAAAUGGAAUGGUGCUAUGUACUUUGUCGUCAUUUUCUCUUCGAUCAUGGGAGCCGCAUUACUUUUGUGGUUAAGUCAACUCAUCGUGAAAAGGAGACUAAGGAAGAAAGAAAGGGAGUCUACACGGCGUCUUGUUGGUGGUAUCUUUCAAUUGCCCAGGGGCUCGGAAAAGAAGUGGUCGGAAGCGGAAAGAUGCGAAGCGGGAGAAAGAAGCGACAUAAUCGCUUUUGACGAAAGUAGAUUCAAGAGAACGACAAAGUUAUUGGAGGCUCUUAGAGGGAAGAAUAUUAGUCAUCCGACUGAAACUGGUGAAGGCGGGGGUAUGGGGUGAAGGAAGAGACAAUGUUGUAACACCAGUAGGCUGCUAUGAUAUAACUGGUCAUUGCAAUCAAAUGGACAAUGGAAAGUGAUAAUUGUGGGUAUACAGCCAAGAUUUUUCAUACGCAUCUUUAUAUAUAAGAAGAUCUAAUAGCAGUGUCCAAAUAUGUAGUUGAAAUUUUAUGCCUCAUGGUUCAUCGACAGCUUUGGUGCGGUCAUAAUAUAUAGUAAUUCAUGACAGACUUCUCAAAUAUACAUGAGAUGGUUGCUUGGAAGCAAAUUCAACAUGGCCUGCGUGUCACCCUCAAAUCUCUGAUCAUUUUGAUCAAUAUUUAUCAGAAGUCGACGUCCUUUGAGCCGUCUAGCAUUUCUCUCAAUAUAUCGUUGAAUCUAGCCUGGUAACUUGUAAUCAGAUUUCAACCGACGGGUCGGAUAUAGCGAACUUUUGACUACGUACAGUAGUAAUUUGACCCCAUAUGGGUCCUAGUUGCUCCAUACGCUCGUCUUCAGUCAUCUCAUAAGCUAGCCUUUCUGCACCACCAUAGGCGGCGAGAGCGUAUCGCGCGCCGAAUGUGUUAAUACCAAACAUUUCCACCAUAGUAUUUUCAUGUUCUAC